AUGCAGGCCUCUCAACAGCUCAGCUCCACCAGGAGCAUCAGCAGCAGGUUGUUAAAGCUAAGGUUGUGUGAUCCUUCUCCAGCAGCACCAAAUCAGGAGUAUCAGGUGUCGACCGAAAAUGGGAGAGGAGGAAAGUUAUUUAUCAGCAGUGUGGAGUCAUUUGAACACAUGAGCUGUGUCUGGACAGACACAGCAACUACUGAGGAAAACCACUUUGGUUCAAGCUGUUGUUUUAUGGCUGAAUAUUUGUACAAAACCAAAAAACAGAAGCUUCCCACUUUGUUUCAGAAAAGCCCAAAACUGCUACCUAAACUGAUGAAAGGAAAACAAGCCGUCAAAUGGCCUAAAGAAAACCAGGAUCAGGCGUCAGAGGCAAGGCCCCGGUAUUAG